UAUGUAGCACUCAUGACCCGAUCAAAGAGAGUGGGAAACCAUAAAAAUGGUAGUAAGAAAAAUGUAUCUAAGUUGUGGAAAACCAAAAGAAGAACCAAAGAUCUGGAUGAGAUUCACGAAGACAUAAAACCUCAAAAUGCACUGAAACUUCUGCAUCAAGAAAUUGAUUAUGAUGUUCCUGGUAAUGCUCAGCACUACUGCCUGCAUUGUGCGAGAUACUUCAUUGACCAGAGAAGCUUAAAUGAACACUUUAAGUCAAAAGUGCAUAAAAGAAGAUUAAAACAAUUAAGUGAAGAACCGUACACUCAAGAAGAAGCUGAAAGAGCAGCAGGAAUGGGCUGUUAUAUUCCUCCAAAGAAAAUAGCAGUGAAGACACAGGCAGCAGUGGAAGAAAUGAAAACAUAAUCUUUAUAAUUUUCACAAUUUUAUAGAUGGUAUAGUGCAUUGCUGGCUUUUAUUCCUCGAAAUAAAAAAAUAUGAUGCUGUGGUUGUAGGCAUAAGAAAAUGUAGCUUUUUUUCUCCUUGAACACUUUUGCUUGCACUGAAGAGGACAUUUGCCUUCAUCGUGGAUUCAGCUUCCAAAAGAAGAGUAACUGAUGCUGACUUUAUGCUGCCUCUGAAUUUUAAAUUUAUUUUGCCUUGGACGUUUCCCAUCUGUCAGCUAACUAAUCCUGUUGUAUCUCAUAGAGCUGGAUGGAUUUACAGUAGUUUACUAUAGACAGCUUUGUUCCACUUGCUAAAAGCGAUUUUCAUUUUUUUGUAUCCACACUCCCUUUCUCUUUACUUCCACAGAUGUGUCAUGAAUAAGAAGACUGACCCUUAGCUUCACUUAGAGUCUGUACCACAAGUAUUUGAGUUUCCUGUCCUCUGUGAUCAAGCUUGUUGUGUCUUUCGGCUUUUUCCGGUUAGGGGUCGCCACAGCGGAACUCCGGUCCGCUAAUGAUUGUCAGUAGAUUUUUACAUGCUGAGUUGCCGGCCCUGACGCACAGCCUUCAAUGAAGGUACGGCCAUUCACUCAUGUCUCCACACAAAAGACGCUCUAGCUGAGAAUCGAACAGGACAACGUCUUGCUGUGAGGCGACAACGCUACCGCAGCACCACCACCGCAGUAACCCUCUGUGAUCAAGCUGUGGGUAAUAUAUAUGAUAUAUAUGAUAUAUGUGCUGCUUUGCUACUCUGGAAAGUAGUAUUCCGUGAAACACAUGUGCUGCACUUAAGUAAUCAUAACUGGACAGACAAACCAGCUAGUCAGGGUAUCCAUGAGACAUGUUUGCCACUGUGAACCUGUCACUUAGUUUUUUUUAGGAUUUAUGCAACAUCAUGGAGGAAGGAUAUUUCAGUUUUUUAUAUGUAUGGAAAAACUGUAAGAAGGACCUUUAUGUCACCACUCAUGACGUGGCUGAGACUGUUUGCUGUGAUGCAGUUGAUCAUGUGGGGUGGCCCAUGUGAUGGUGUACCUUAAUUAAUGCCAGGCUUAAUACAUGAAGCUGUAGAACUUGUGUGAAACCGUUGUAAUUAAGAUAAUGAUGGGUAACAAAUCAAUUAAAAGUAUCCUCCUCUGUG